AUUCGAAUACAAGAUUUACUACAGGGUAGACUAAACAUAGUUGGUAUAACUAAAUAUUUAAAUCUUGUAAAAAAACACCACAUAUAUAAGGUAAAUUAAAAUGUGAAUCCCUUUGAAGGUUGGAGAAGUUGUAACUGAAGGUGUGGUUGGGCCACGUCAUCAUACGAUAAAGAAAAGAGGCGAUGAUGGCCACUGCAUUUGCAUCAUCAUCUCCACAAUUCGCAACCUUUCUUUCAACGUCUUCUCCUUCUUCUACUCUUCACUUCCACACACUCUUUAACCCUCUUCCAACAACUUCAUCUUUUUCCCCCAUUAUCAUUACCACAUCCAAAAAAUCCAUCCAUUUUCAAACAAACUUCAAACCUGUUGCUGCUGCUGCUUCACCUAUCCAAGAUGCCGCUGUUGUUGAUGCUGCCGACCAAUUUGUCUCUACUACCGAUGAUGGGGUCUCCGUGAUUGUAUCAGCUCUUUUCUUCGUUGCUUUCAUUGGCCUAUCUGUUAUCACUCUUGGGGUUAUCUAUUUAGCAGUAACAGAUUUCUUGACAAAGAGAGAGAAGGAUAAGUUUGAGAAAGAAGAAGCAGCUAAGAGCGGAAAGAAGAAAAAGAACAAGAAAGUGGUAAGGGCAGGGCCUAGAGGAUUUGGUCAAAAGAUUGUUGAAACAAAGGAUGUUGAUUGAUUUAAGUCACCCCUUAUGCAUUCAUAUCACUAUUAUUUUUACCAAAUUGUGUGUAGUCAUCACAAUGAAGAUCAAGGGAAUUAGCGUUUCACCAAAUGUUGAAUCACAUCUAAGAGUUUAUUGGAAUUGACAUGUCCUUGUUCUUGUAUCUUUUUGAAUUUUAUUUGAUGAAUCACGAAUGCCCUAGACCCCAUAUGCUUA